CUUCAGGUGCAUAUAUCGAAAGCAUUGAGUGGUGUCCGAACCAUGCAGCAGGAGCUCGCAGAGAUGCGGAGGCGGAAUGGCGAACUUGAGCGACGGCUGGAGACUCUCGAACAAGCGGAGGACACGUCGAUCCAGCCGAAGCGAGGUAAACGCGGAGGCCCGACUGUGGCCAAGCUUCAAGGCGAAGUGAGACGACUGAAUGGUCAGAUUGGUGUCCUGGAGCAGGCAAGGCGUAAGGACCGGAAGACAAUCGCCAAGCUUCGGGCUCGUGAAGUCAAGGAAGACGUCGCUGAGCUUCAGGACGAUGCCGAGAUUCUGGUCGUUGACUCGCCGUAUCGCAUGAGAAAACUGCUCCGCCGCUUCCAUGAUAUUGUUCUGUCUAGUUCAAUUGAAGAGAACGAAGAAUGCCCUAUUUGCAUGGACACUCUGGGGGUCAACGAAUGCGUGAGUCUACCUUGCGAACACACAUUUUGCAAGACCUGCAUCUCUAGGGUAUCGCUGGGCGAAGAAGACGUUACAUGUCCACAGUGUCGUGGCCUCUGCCCCCGAGACGAGAUCGAGAUCGUCCAGUACACCGCAUCUCAACAAUGGGAUGACCUCCUCGAUGUGGCAAAGGCUUGGGCAAAAAUGGACUUGCACAGGCAACCGGAUACCAGCGACGAGGAAGUAGAGGAGAAAUUUAUCGAGGACGAGCGGCCAGAUGACGAAGCAAGCUCAGCUCGUUCUGCAUCGGAAAAUCCUCUCGCUACGUCGCCCGAACCGGAGGAGCCGGUCGACGCUGAGCCCCGACCUGGCACUCCGCAACCAACUGUCGAUGAACCUGUCGCUGGACCUUCGUCGGCCACAGAACAAUUGGAGACCACGCCGAAGAAUUUGCAAGACAAGCCGACCUACGCGACUUCUCCAGCAGGAGAUAAACGCAAACGCAUGGAAGAGUUGGCUGCUGCACGGAAACAAAAGCGACGGUUGUAG